AUGUCGGCUGAACACCAAUAUGGUGUGAAGCUGGACUGCGGAGCAACCAUUAUCCACGGAGAUGGGGCCAAUAUCAAGGAGCCGUUCGAGGAUAUGCCAGUUGUGAUGCACGAACUAAGCCCAGGAAACAUGGCAGAUGGGAGUGGAUUUCCUUCUUUCGGCGGCCAGCUUGGAUUCAUCGAGUUCAACACAGACGUUCGCCUUCCCCGGCAUGUUCACAUUGGGCCAAACAAGGCGGCGCAGCCCGAUGCAGAGCAGCGGUUUCUAGCCGAGCGUAUACUGGUCCUCUCCGGAUUCGCGAUGGUCGAAAUGUGCGGCGAGCUGUACAUUAUACCACCAAAGACCCUGGUCCAUAUCCCUCCUGGCGUGCCUCACACCUGGACGGCAUGUCCGAAGGGUGUGGACAUAAAUGCUGCGGUUGGUAUUGUCUCUCAGAAAGAGCUUGCGUCGGACGGCACUUUCCUGAUGAUCUAUGAGUAUGAAGACCCCACAAGCUUCAAGCCGACGAAGCAAAUCAACGUCCUGAAGGAUCUCAAUGAGUACGAGGAGGCUGCCGAGGAAGACUUCGAGGAGAUCAAGAUUCCAGCAUUGUCUUCUGCAGAAGUCCACAAGAGAUGUUGGUUCGUUUACAACCGCGAGGUGAAGAAGUCCGAACGCAAUAACAUCAACGAGAGCGCUAGCCUCGCUGAUGUGUGA